AUGCCCGCCCCGCAGUGCGCCUCUUGCCACAAGGCGCGCGCCGCCCUCCGCCGUCCGCGCUCGGGCCAGGCGCUGUGCGGCGCCUGCUUCUGCGCCGCCUUGGAGGCCGAGGCCGCCCCGCGGUGCCCCGGGGUCUCCUCCCGCGGCCCCCUCCUCACGGCUCCCGUCUCCCCUCCCCCAGGACACAACGCGGACGACAAGGCGGAGACGGUGCUCAUGAACUUCCUGCGGGGCGACGCGGGCCGGCUGGCUCGGGGCGGGGGCCUGGGCUCCCCGGGCGAGGGGGGCGCCCUGCUGCGCUGCCGCCCGCUGCAGCUGGCGUCGCAGAAGGAGGUCGUGCUGUACGCGCACUUCCGCCGCCUCGACUACUUCUCCGAGGAGUGCGUGUACGCGCCCGAGGGCCGCCGGGGGCUGGACGAGGAGGGGCCGCCGCGGGAGCCGCAGCCGUCCCGACCGCCGACUUCCCAGUCGGGCCCCGACUUCUAG